AUGCGCAGAUCUCCGUCGUUUCAAAUUAGUACGAAAAAUUCGGCGAAACCAACUACUUCUAUUGACCUGACAAACCAUCUCAGUGCUCGCGGUGGGCUGUUUUAUCAAGACAUCGAUACAGGAACCACAGCAUCAAUUAAGGCCAAAAAUGAUCCCAACUUGCUGGCCGCGACCUAUGAUCAUUCUAUCAGUGCGGACACUGAUUUGAAUAUUGACUUACAAUCUUUGAUAACUUCUGAGUUAAAUUCUCUAUACCCUUUGACGUUAAACCAAGAAACUUCCAAUAAGUCUGCGAAUACUACCAAAUUUAUCGACGAACGGGGUGGCAAGGAUAAACAUUUUUUCGUGUUUACUUCAGCUGGUAAAUUAGUCUUCUCGCAGUGGGAAAAUGAGAAUCAUGCUAUGGGUCUUACUGGUAUUAUCCAUACCGUGAUGAAUUAUUUUAAUAUUAAUGACAAUACAGCAAUGAGACAGUUUACUAUGUAUGGUAAGGACGGGAUAAUGACAAGAUUUGUUUUCUUAGAUAAAAAUCAUAUCAAGUUAAUGGUCCAGUGCAAUAAUAAUUAUGAAUCCACAGCUCAGUUGCAGCAACAAUUGGAUCUUGUUUAUUCAUAUAUCAUAUCGUCGGUAUCUCAAAGGAAUUUGAACAAGUUGAUGUUGAAAAGAUCCAACUUUGACUUACAACAUUAUCUAACGGAUUUGGAUCAGCAAUUAUUGAAAUCACUUUGUGAAUCCCUCGCGACGCAGCCGAAACUAACUUGGUUUGCUAAUAGUCUAGAAUGUCUGCCGAUGUCUCCUAAAAAGAGAAAUGCAAUAAAUUCUAUCUUGUCGACGACCUACUUGGACUUUAAUAUAUCGAACCAUAACGGACAGAUUCUUUACACUUUGGUUACGUCGUUAGAUAUGAGAUUGAUAUCAAUUCUUCGACCAUCAAACCACACUUUACAUACUAUGGACUUGCAAAUAUUAUUUGAGGUAGUGCGUGCUCAGCUUACUGAUCUUUUAUUAGACAAAGUUUUGUGGUUUCCAAUAUGUUUCCAAAAAUUCAACGAUAAUGGAUUCCUAUAUGCUUUGAUCAAAGUGUUACCGAACAAUACUAUCAUGAUGGUGAUAAGUUCUCAAAAAAAUGCUUUUGACAUAUUGAAUGAAUUUGUACGGCGAAUCGAGGACAAAAUGAUAGACGAUAACACUUGUAAUAAUUUGGAAUUACAGCUAUUGGAUUGGCAUAAAAAGUUCCCGUACAUCAAUCAUUUCAUUUAUAAGAUGAAACGAACUGUACAGAUAUACACACCAUCCCAACCGACUAAUGAAAUGUUACAAUUUUAUUAUCAUUUGAAAAACCUUUGUGAAGAUGAUAAGGGUACAAACUUAAAUAAGUCAUCUGUUGCAAUGCUUAAGUGGAAAAAUGAUGCGACUCCUGGUUUGUUAUCUGGUGUAUACUGGGCAACUGAAAAAUUUGAGCUCUAUAUCUUGUUGAAUGAUAUAAACCUUUCCAAUCAAUCUAUUUUGAAGUCAGCUAAACUGCUCAUUCAACAUAUACGAGAAAUUGAAUCGUACUUGUUUAUUUCCCGAGGUGUCACUUUCUGA